AUCGACUCUUUGCUCAAGGAGCUUGUUUGAACGAAGCUCUGUGGUAAAUCGCGGUCACUGUAUUGUACUAAAAUACUCUUAAAACCACAGUUAGCAUUUCGUCCAUGCAGUCUUGUACCGAAGUAGAGCUCUCUAAUGGACUGAAAAUCCCAAUUCUUGGUUUAGGAACGUCGCACGUUGGUGGCUACUCCCAUGACGCGGUCGUCUACGCUCUCCGCGACUGCGGAGUCAGGCACAUAGACACGGCUAAACGGUAUGGCUGCGAGGAAGCCUUGGCUAAGGCGAUCACAGAAAGCCUGGUGCCGCGAGAGGACUUGUGGAUCACCACCAAACUCUGGCCGGGGGAUUAUGGCUACCAGAGUGCCAAGCAAGCCUGUCGGGCCUCCUGUGCCCGGCUGGGCGUCGACUAUUUAGAUCUGUAUCUAAUGCACUGGCCCGACUGCCAAGUUCCAGGCCGCUCUAACAGGGAGGUCCGGAUGGAGACGUGGAGGGCUCUGGAGGAGCUGUACGACGAAGGAUUGUGCCGGGCCAUUGGAGUGAGCAACUUCCUCAUCCCACACCUAGAGGAGCUGAAAGAAGAUGGCAGCCUGACGCCUCACGUCAACCAGGUGGAGUUCCACCCGUUCCAGCAGCCGUGGGAGCUGGUGGAGUUUUGCCGCAGACAGGGAACAGUGUUCGAAGGUUACUGCCCGCUCGCUAAAGGCCAGGCGCUCACCCAUCCGCUCAUCCUGCAGCUGGCACAGAAGUACGACCGCACCGCCUCACAGAUCUGCAUCCGCUGGAGCGUUCAGAAUGGAGUCGUUACAAUUCCGAAGUCGACGAAGCCCGAGCGGAUUUCUGAGAACUGCCAGGUAUUUGGGUUCCGACUGGAGGACAAGGACAUGGCAGCCUUGCGCACGUUGCAUGAUGGGAGGCACAUGAGCUGGGACCCCACCCAUGUGGAGUGAGCACUCUGGUUUUCGGGUUCAGCCUGGCAGAGGAGGACAUGAAGAGUAUCAGACGAUUACAUGCAGAUAAAAAGCUCGUUCAUCUGAGUUACCCACUUUGGAAAGGAUGACCAGGACUGGCGGUGCCAGCUUAGUGGUUCAGUGAUUCUGCAACUCUGAGUGACUGGAGGGGUUAUGAGAUCAAAUCUUAGACUGAAAUCUGCCACGAGUGACUUCACAAUUACAAAUAAAUAAAUGUUUUAAGCUA